AAAACUCUAUUUAAUCUUUUAUCCAUUUGUUUUCAAAGCCAAAAUCCCAUCACUUUCUUUCUUCGAUUUCCAAGUUUUCAAACAAUGGCUACUCUCACCUCUUCCAUGCACACUAAUCUCCUUUCCGCUCCUUCUUCUUCUUCUACCUUUUCCACUUUCCCCGCUUCAUUCUCUCUUCUCACUUCUACCAACUCCUCUGCCCUCAAAAUCCACCCUCUUUCUUCCCAUACUUCACCUUUCUUCAACUCCUGCAACUGCUUCACAACCAUUCAGAUUGCUCCCCGGAACCGCCAUGCCGCAAACUCUUUCACUAUUCGCAUGUCCUGGGAUGGCCCCCUCUCCUCUGUUAAAUUAAUUGUCCAAGGCAAGAAUUUGGAGUUGACUGAAGCAGUUAAGAAGCAUGUGGAAGAGAAGGUUGGCAAGGCAGUUCAGAAGCACAGUCACUUAGUGAGAGAAGUAGAUGUCAGGCUAUCAGUUCGAGGUGGAGAGUUUGGGAAGGGUCCGAGGAUUAGAAGAUGCGAGGUUACUUUAUUCACGAAGAAGCAUGGAGUUGUGCGUGGAGAGGAAGAUGCUGAGACUGUCUAUGCGAGCAUUGAUUUGGUAUCUUCUAUCAUACAAAGGAAGUUGAGAAAGAUUAAAGAGAAAGAUUCAGACCGUGGCCGACACAUGAAAGGAUUUGACAGAUUGAAAGUAAGAGAACCUGCACCAAUAGUUGUUGAAGAUGAGGAAGAGGAAGAGGAAGUUUCUCUGGAAGAUAGUGGAGAAGUUAUUGAUGAGAUCGUUCGGACAAAAUACUUUGAUAUGCCUCCUUUGACUGUUGAAGAAGCAAUCGAACAACUCAAAAAUAUUGACCAUGAUUUCUAUGGUUUCCGGAACGAAGAAACUGGUGAGAUUAACAUCUUAUAUAAAAGAAAGGAUGGAGGAUAUGGACUUAUCAUCCCAAAAGAAAAUGGCAGAGCUGAGAAAUUAGAGCCUGUGACAGUUGAGCCAGCCAGAGAACCUUCCUUGGCGGAAUGAUUGGAGUUCACAGAGAAAGUUUCAUGUUGAAGAUAUCUUACAACUGCUAGAUUCACUUAAAACUUGGCAUAAUUUUACUGGCACUGUUGCAUCUGAAGGCAUAGCUUGCAGAGAGUAUAUAGAUAUAGUUUUGAGGUAACAUGAUGAUGAGACAAUUUUGGAAUAAGAAAUAUGAGUAUCAAGUGUUGAGUAAAAUGAGAUGCAGAAUGUUGUAAUGAAUGAACGAUUCAGCAUGCAGUGAUUACCAACAUGCAAAUAUGCUAUAAUCUUUUCUAAUCGUGGCCAGUUUUGGUUA